AUCCGUAUCUGUUAUCAGCCGGGCGAGAAGCGCCGGCGCACGCCAGUUGAUGCUCGCGCGUCGCGAGGAAGACACAUCCGCGCUCUCUGUGAACGUUCAGUGCACUUGUGAACCGUGAUACGAGCUGGUGAUCCUAGGUAUCGAGUCGGAUGAAAAGGUAGACCACCUGAGAAGAAAAUAACAUGAGAUUCUCGGCGAGGUUACAGUUGCUGACUUGCCUGGUGCUGUACGCGUCAUGCGCACAAGCAAUCAUGGUGAAGUUCGGCACGAAGGGAGGGCCCAUCGAGCCGCCGCCGCCGGAGCGGCCGCUGCCGCCCGCGCAGCCGUCCCGCGCCCCGGCGCCGGUGUGGGACUGGGACGAACGGUCCAGUGACACGCCUGACCCAAACGCUCAAUGGCGACCUCAGCUCUUCGUACCACAGCCGAGGUACACUCAGGUAGUCUACUCUCCGCAGCCGCUCAACAACGCGCAACGAUUCGUCAGUGCCUACAUACCAGUACGCCAACCCAUACAAGCCCAGCCGAUCCAACCUCAGGACUACUUCACGCCUUCUCAAGUCUUAAGCUCACAAAGCCUACCUGGCUUCGGCCUAAGAUACUUCCUUCCUACGUACAAUUCUGAUGACCAGCCGAAACAAGUCAAGCAAGAAGACGCUAAAAUAAACGCGAUAGAUGCUAAUAAUGUGAACGAUAGAAGAGACUCGUCUAACGAUCUACAAUGGCAGUUCGAGAAGGAUCUAACUAAGAGGAAUACAAGAAACACGAAUGAGGCGGCAGUUCCCUACGUCUACCAGUUCCCAGUGCACGUGUCUCGACAUCAGUAAUAAACUAAUCCUAGCAUAAGUUUUAACAGUAUCAUCGCAGUUCUAUUGAUUUGAAAGAAUAUCAGGAAAACUUUGCGAUUUUGAUUUCCCAGCCCAUUUUAAGUUUAUUUUCGGAACUAACUUAUAAGCAUAAUAGUAAAUUAUGUGCUAGAUGUUUUUUUUAUAUUCUCUAAAAUGCUUCGUAUUUAAAUUAUUAAGCACAUAGUACAUUUUUUCACUGAAAUCAGUAUCGCAAAGUGGAGAACUUAAUACUGUGAUGUCAUUAGAUUGUAUCGUAGUGUAAGAUAAAAGUGCCAGAAGAUAAAGUAUUUUUAUAACGCUAACGCGUUAUGGUCGUUGCCAAUAAAUAUCUCAUUGACAAGGAGAACUAUCGUGGGUUCAAUUUGAUAUACCAACAAGGUAUAGCUAACAGUUGGUAAAGAGUAAUUAUACGAAGAAGUGAAUCGUUUAAUUGAGAUAUUUCAUAAUUCAUACGAGUAUCGAAAUGGUCAGUACUGAAUAUGUACUAAAGUUAGUGUUGUAGAAAAUUUUAUACACAUUUUUGGUGUCGUUUGAAUUUUUACAAAAUACUGAAUGGUUAAUUUAACCUCUUUGAAUGAAUAUCUGAGAGUUGUCUUUAUGAAAGAUGGUAUUUUUACAUGUUAAUUGCUAUAAUUUUCAAAGCCAGCCGUUAUAUAACCAGUACAGUUCCAUUCACAUUUGCUCCGGUCCGUUAACCCGAGUCUCGCUGUCAUUAAUAAAUAUAUUAUGUAUGGACUGAAAUUAUAUUACGAUAAUGACUCUUUGAGCUCCAUAAGCUACAAAAAGUCCCUCUCGUGUGCUCAACUGCGUAACAAAUUCGUCUGCCUUUAUUCGCUUUGUACUGUAUGGAGGACGGAUGACAUAAUUGUCUCGACUAUUUCAACGUUGAAUAAUAUAAUUUUUGUAUUCAUUUGACUGUCAUUACUUUAAAUUCUUUUGUUAAAAAAUCUUAACAUAACAGUAUAAAUUUAUUCAGUUGUGAAGUUUUGAAAAUGGGUACAGUAUCAAUAGGAAUACUGAUUCAAUGAAAAUGUAUAGGUACGGAAUUAUGGAUGCAUUUUAUAACAAUGUGCUUCAAUUUUUACCCUGAGGUUGACAAAUUAUAUAAAAUUGUAGCCUGACUUGGGUUCAAAUUAAUGUUGUAGCUUUUAUGUUGGAUGCUUUCAGGAUAUUAUUUCUAUUGAUUUUAUACGUAAUGAUUUCCAAUUGUUUACGAGGUACAAGCACCAACAAGAUGUAGGUACAGUGAGCUGCAAAAUUACAUGGAAAAAUUUUGAAUGAAUUCAUUGAUAUAUUCGCCAUACACUAUUGCAGCUCUGUACAUCAAAGGUAUUUUGUAGUUCAGAGAGUACUGUCCACGAAGCGAAUCAUCAGCGUAGCGUAAGCUACAUUUUCUCUCAUCUCUCAUUAGGUAAUAUACAAUAUUUUACCCUCAAUUUUUCAGCCGUAUGACAUCUUUAAGAAUAUUUUAAUCGAUGCCUUGAUUAUUUUGUUUAGUGUUAUUAAUUGAUUUAGUGUACAAAAUUUAAUCAAUUUUGUAUGAAUAGAUAUACCUCUAUUUAAGUAAUUUUACAAGAACACUCCUUAGAGUAAUUUAUUUUGUAUGUAGUGUCUUCGGUGACUGUUGCUACUAGAUUCAUUUGAUCGUUCAAAUAAUACAUUAAUACGAAAUAUUUGAACAAUAUCAGUUAGUUAUCAUUUACAUUUGCAACUCAUUAUCAUAUUUUAUUAUAGAACGAGUAAGAAAACAUAAUGCGAGAUAGUGCUAGCCCAGCUCAUAGAACAAUCCACGUACAGGCGUACGAUGUAGCCCGGCGUAUUGCGCGCUACGCCCAGGCGUAUAUCACGCUUUGUAUGUGUCGCUUACGCUUCGUGGACGGAACUUAUGGACUUUUUUCGUGAUUGUUUUUCUUUGUAUUUUUUUAGACAUUUUUAGGAGUGAAUAGGCUAUUACUGAAUCGGUGAGCUCCAUCUUAGACUCUGUUUUCACUUUCCAUAAGGUGUGACUAGGGUCAAUCGCCGAUUAGUCUACAAUAAAAAAAAACGUUUUUAUAAGAUACACAAACGAGUAUCUUUGUCUGAAAUCUUUUAUAAUUUUGUAGAAGCAUUCAUUGCGUUAAGAUGCUCAUUGUCAGAUAUUUAAAGAUUAAACCUCAAAAAUGUAAAAGAAACACUAAGUGGAAAGUUUUUUAUCAGAUUUUAUAAUCAAUGCUCUGUACAUAAUUAUGUCCUAAGUCUAUCUAUACCCAUUUUUAAAACUACCUAUACGAUUGAUUCAUUGUAUCGUAAAUAUUCAGCAAAUUUUCUUUGUAUUACGGUUUCGGACAUUCUCUCAUUGCAUGUAAGUAUACAUAAUUCAAUACCUACUUAGAUUUACCUAUAGUGUAAAACGUCUUUGAAAGUUGUAACCCUGCCUACUUAUGUAUUUGUUCGAUUUUAUUGUUUUUGAUGGUUUUUUUUCUAGCUGUAACUAUAACGCUUGUAAAUAUGUACAAUAAAUAAAAAAAUAUAGAAAUUUUAUUACAAA